AUGGGAUCAAAGCACGUAACAAACAUGGUGAUUGACCUGGAUAAUGAGUCAAAGCAUUACGUGAUCUGCGAUCGGGUCACCGGUAGCUUAAAAUUCGCCUCAACUGGUGGUGUACUGGCAUCGGGUGUCCGGAUAAGCCUGGUCUGUGUGGGUGAGGCCAACUGGAAUGUGCAAGUACCAUUAGCUAGUGGUGCUCUCAUAUACCAUAAUAAUACAAAGUUUUUGGACACCCCCUUUGAUAUGGACAAAGAUGCCCACGAAAAACUCCUGGAUCGUGGUGUGCAUACAAUUCCGUUCCACAUAAAGAUACCUGAUCAUGGAUUACCCUCGUCAUUCGAGGACACUCACGCCUGGAUCCACUAUAACGUGGAGGCGGCUAUUGAUGAGCCCAAUAGUAAUGAGGUGAACACAAUCAAGACCCGGAUCACUGUUGACUCGCCCAUGAGUCACAAUCUUAAGGUAUUCGUGGCCGGACAUGCUGACAAAACACUGUCGGUGUUCCCUAAUAUGGGUUCUGGAUCUAUUGCACUUUACACCAGUUUAGCCCGAAAAGGCUAUUUACCAGUGCUCUGUUAUGUGGCCAACAAAUCGACAGUCGAAGUGACCCCCAGAGCUACUCUAUACCAGAUCCGUGUCUAUCAGUGCGGGGAAUGCCAUAAAGCCGUAGACCGAGUGCUAACUGAGCACAUAAUUGGCAAUAAGAUGGCUAGUAAUGCAAACAAUACGGACAUAAUACACGUACCGAUACCCAAAACCGCCUCAUUGUCCAUCAAAAGUGAUAUGGCCAGUAAUGCAAACAAUACGGACAUAAUACACGUACCGAUACCCAAAACCGCCUCAUUGUCCAUCAAAAGUGAUGUCAUAAGUGUUAAAUACGUGGUGCAUGUGACCCUGGACAUCCCACACGCUGUGGACCUGCAUAUUAGUCUACCGAUUAUAGUCACCACUCAGUCUGCUUUAGACCGCAAUUAGCGUUAAUGUUCGUACACUUAAAACAUAUCCUUUAAU